CUCCCAGAGUCUACUCCUAAUUGGGACACCUUACUAUUGGAUUUGACUUUUCCUUUGGUAAGCCUACCGUCCAAGAGACAAACAUGUAAACAGAAAAAAAACAUCUUAAUAAACUUUGCAAUAACGGGAAAUGAUAAAGAAAUGAACAAGGAGCAGAUGAGGAGCCAAUCAGUCACUUCACCGAUGUCUGGUACUGGAUAAGAAGCAGUGUUUUGGGGCUCCAGGUGAAGCACACUAUGCAAACAGAGCGACGGAGCAUCGUAUAGUUACAAAAUUUUCGUUUCACAAAGGUACAUAGAACUACGUAGAACGUUUACGCAUGAAUGAUGGAGGACCUUCUGCGAGACCAAGACUUGUGGGCGAUUAUAAAUGAUUCAUGGACCAACUCGAGUCGCGGUGGAAACGAGACCAGUACUGGGAACCAGACCAUCGUGAACCCCUUGAAGCGGAACGAGGAGGUGGCCAAAGUGGAGGUGACCGUUCUUGUCCUAGUUCUGCUGCUCGCGAUGGUCGGUAACAUUUGCGUCCUUUUGGCUAUCCAUACGAGCAAGCACAGCCACUCUCGGAUGUAUUACUUCAUGAAACACCUCAGUAUUGCGGACCUGGUGGUGGCAAUCUUUCAGGUCCUCCCGCAGCUUAUAUGGGACAUUACAUUCCGCUUCUACGGGCCGGACUUACUGUGCAGGCUGGUGAAGUACCUACAGGUUGUCGGGAUGUUCGGGUCCACCUACAUGCUUGUUCUAAUGUCCAUAGACAGAUGCUUGGCGAUAUGUCAGCCGCUUCGCUCUCUGCACAAGAGGAAGGACCGUUUUUAUGUGAUUGCCUCUUGGAUGCUUAGUCUGAUUUUCAGUACCCCUCAAGUGUAUAUAUUUUCGUUGAGGGAGGUGGGCAACGGGUUUGACUGUUGGGGAGACUUCGUGCAACCCUGGGGCGCCAAGGCGUACAUUACAUGGAUUAGUCUUACAAUCUACAUAAUUCCAGUGGCUAUCCUAAGUGUUUGCUAUGGCCUGAUAAGUUUUAAAAUAUGGCAAAACUUUAAAAUGAAAACCAGACGGGAUCAGUGUAUGUCUCUGACGCCGCGGGCGUACAAAGGCGCAGCGCUCUCUCGAGUGAGCAGCGUGAGGCUCAUAUCAAAAGCGAAGAUCCGAACUGUCAAAAUGACUUUUGUCAUAGUCCUAGCUUAUAUUGUUUGCUGGACUCCUUUUUUCUUCGUACAAAUGUGGUCGGCAUGGGAUCCUGCUGCACCCAGAGAAGACGUGGCGUUUAUCAUCGCCAUGCUACUGGCCAGCCUGAACAGCUGCUGUAACCCGUGGAUCUAUAUGUUCUUCGCUGGCCACCUGUUUCACGACCUGAUGAGGUGCUUUGUCUGCUGCUCCUCACAGUACCUGAAGGCCUCACGGUGCGGAGGAUUUGACCACCAGCAGAGCCGCAGGAGCCUUUCCACCUAUGUCAUCAAGGACCAUAGUAGUCAGAGGAGCGUCACUCAGACCUCCAGCACAUGAGGAGUGAGGACCAUGGAGGAGAUGAGUUGGGGUGGGACAGGUUCUCCCUACCCCUGAAAGCCAUUCUUUAUACCAGUCAGAGGAGCAUCACACAGACCUUCAGUUCAUAAGGACCAUGGGAACACCAGAAGAGGCCUGGUGUGAGGUACUCUCUAAGCCUCAAUGACCUUCUCCAUCACACAGACUCUAGAGGAGGACUAUGAGAGGAGAGGGGGUUGGUCGGGGACUCUCUACCCCCUAAUGGACUUAAGCCCUAUUCGCACUGGACUAGUAUUACUAUAGAACGUCAGUUAUGUAAUUAUUACCCUAGAAUGUCUGUUUUUCCAGUGGACGAUUCAGACAGGAUUAGUUUACCAUCUGCCCCUGUAUCUGCCCCUGUAUUUGUUUUUUCUCAUUCAGAUUUGAGCGUUAUGAUGGAAGCCUGGAGGCGGUCCUAGGCAUGAAGAUAUUUAAACGUGUCUAGGGAUAGGUCUCUUUCAGGGUAUCUGGCCACCCUCAGUUCGAAAGUCAAAAUAAUAUCAAUAAGAACCAUGAACUGUGUGCAGAUAUCUAAUUAACUAACAUAUUUGACAAUUUAUUAUUGAAUGGGCACAAUAUCAUCAUCAAGAGAAAUGGGCACAGGGAAGUUGAUAUAUGACAAAACAGGUCAUUAAUCUGUAGGCUACAUGCAUAGCACUUUGUUUAAAGCAAUUUGUUCCCAUGUUCUUCCCAAACUGCGUGCAGCACCUAUUAAACUCUGUAAUAUCCCUCAAAACACAGGGAUGUCGAUUCACACGGGAUAAGUCGAUUUUUGGGGUUGGAAUAAUAACCGCCCCACCAAGUAAAAAUGACUGGCAUGGCAGAUUCGGAUGGGACUAAAUAUAUGUUGUUUUGUACUCGUGCAUUUAAUUACAUUACCCUACCUCCCCCAGUGAAAUGAAUCCUGUCUGAAUAGGGCUUUAGACCUUCACCACACAGACCUUCACCAUCAUCCAGGAAAGUGGAGUGGGCCUGGGCCAGGUACCAGCCAGAGGAGCAUCACACAGACCUCCAGCACAUGAUGACCAUGGAGAGAGGUUGAGUUGGGUAUUCUCAAAACCUAAUAGACCUUCUUCAUGUAAGGUUGGAGGUGGGACAGGUACUCUCUAAUCCUGAAAGACUUUCAUCCAAGGCUGCAGAGUUGGGUGGGACAGGUACCCUGUAAGCCCAAAAGAGACCUUCUGCGUGCAAAGAUCUGCAGUGGGGUUGGCCAGGUACUCUCUACUCCUGACACAAACCUUCAUCGUGUAAAGAACAGGAGUGGGUGGCCAGAUACCCUGUAAUAAACCUUGAAAGAGACACUCAACAUUUGAGGGACAGGACUGGGGUGGCCAGAUAUCUUAAGAGAUACUUACAUCAUGCAAGGCCCCACAGAAGGUUGUCCAAGAUGUACCCUCUACCCCUCACAUCGGUCACCAUGUAAUACCCAGAGGGGGAAUCCAUUACGUAACUCUCCACUCCACACAGAAUACUCAAGCCCUGGAAGUGGGUUAUCUUAACAUGGUCAUUUUGGGGGUGAACUUGUGUCUCUAUCUCCAUGGCACACCCUUUCACGACCAUCCACUAGUGAUUUCACUAUAUCCAUCGUGUCCCUCUAGAAUAGAUUACCCCCCCCCCCACACACACACACUUAAUUAAGCUCCUACUGUAGUCACACUCUCCAGCACUUUACCAGAAAUCCCUCUAAAAUGUAAAUUCAGUGUGUACCAGAACUCAAAUGAUUUAUUCUUUACCUGUAUGUCUUUUUCAGGAAAAGACAUACAGGCACAACCUUUUCCCCUCCUGCCUCUUCCCCAGCAAAAAGGUUGUAUUGGAUUCUUAUUUUGUUUUCUAGCACUUGAUAUACAAUUUCUUUCUAUACACAGCUCUGUGACUCUGAAUAUUUCUCAGGUCUAGGUAGAGAGCAGAGCUUUUUAGCAGAGCUUGUUCACAACAAGCUGACCUUUCAGUCACCACAAUAACAAAAUGGGAAAUAGAAAUAGAAUGAAGUUUCACUAACUUAUUAUCUUGGUGACCUUACUGCUCAGUCAGGGAUAUUGCAUUGUUAUUGAUCUCUACACAGAGAGCUGUUAGAUUAUAUUGCCUACAUCUUCAAACCAUGGAGGGAAUAUUAUUAAAGACUUUAUUGUUUAUUGACUUUAUUGUUAUUUGUCUAAGGCUGUGUGUCCCAAAUGGCACCCUAUUCCCUACAGUGCACUACUUUUGACCAGGACCUAUAGGGUUCCGGUCAAAAGUAGUGUGCUAUAUAAGGAAUAAGGUGCCAUAAAGUGUCUUUGAUAGACAAAUAACAAUUAAGUAUCUUUGAUAUCCCCAAAGCUACAGACAUACUGUAGCUUUGUAAAAUAAGAAAAUGUGGACAAAAUUGUAAAUGUGCUCCAACACUAUUGACUGUGUCUUUCUUCUUUAUCGUUGUGUGGGUGAUUAGAUCAACGCAGAUGUUAAUUUGUGUAUAUAUGUAUCCUCUCAUUCACAUUCAACUUUCCGAUUUAUACCUUACAGUGUUCACAAUAUAUUCAGAAAGUAAAGAUUCUCCCUUUGUAUCAACAAUUUAUUUGAAUGUCAGUAUAUUAAAUGUAUCACUAAUGUAUGAUAAAAAAUAAAACAUUUGUGUCUGCAAAA